GCGGGAGCCGCCGGCGGGCGCCCGGAGAGGCCGGGGAGGCGGCGGCGAGGAAACGCCCCCGCGGCGCUCGGCGGAGGAGAGCAGGUGCCCCUGGAAGAGAGAGCGGGAUAAAGCCCUUCCCGGCGCAGCAAGAGGCGUCUUAAAAGUCACCGCCGCGCCUCGAAACCCGCUUUGAGUUGCGCCAUCAGGAUCGAGCGAAUGUGACUGACGGGAGCGGGGAAAAACCCAACUUCCUCCCCCCCGGCUGCGUUUUUUCCUCUUUCUUAAGCUUUUCUCGGGGCGGAGCUGCGCGAUCCGGGGCCGCGGGGAAAAUUCCUGUCGCUCGACGGGCGAAACUUCACCUCUCGGGCUGGAAAAGCCCCUUCCCGGAGCCGCACCCGCAUCCGACCCCGUCGGCUCCGCGAAAACGGGAAUCCCCUCGGAUUUUGAGCCCCGUUCCUCGCUUCCCCACUUCAGAUCGGCGGAUAAACUCCCGCGUUUCUUUCCCUAAGCGCCUGGAAUUAAUUCCCUGGCUCGUUCCGUUAUCGAUAACGCAGCCAACGCGCUUCGGCGCGAUCGAGCGCGUCUGGAACCAAUUUCCCGGGCCGUGUUUACGCCGCGAGGCUCCGUCCGGAGCGUCCCGCCCCGCCGCCGAGCCGCAGAUCGUUUCGCUCCUCGCAGGGCGCCGUCGGGGCGGCUCGGAGGCCGCCGCCAUGUCCGCCAAGGUGCCGAUUUACCUGAAGCGGGGCAGCCGGAAGGGCAAGAAGGAGAAGCUGCGGGAUCUGCUCUCCUCCGACAUGAUCAGCCCGCCCCUGGGCGACUUCCGGCACACCAUCCACGUCGGCAGCGGCGGCGAGAGCGACAUGUUCGGCGACGUCUCCUUCCUGCAGGGGAAGCUGCACCUGCUGCCGCGCGGCGCCGGGGCGGCGGCAGCGGCGGCGGAGCCCUUCGAGGUGCCGCGGGCCGCCACGGUGUCGGGGCGGGAGACGCGGCGGGACACCGAUGCCGACGCCUCGCCGCUGCUGCACAACGCGGUCUCGCUGCCGGCGCUGGGGGGGCCGCAGGCGCUGACGCUGCCCCCCGCCCCGGCGCCCCCCAAGCCGCCGCGGCUGCGCCGGGAGGAGCGGGCGGGCGCCGAGGAAGAGGAGGGCCGCGGGGCCGUCGCCGUGCCGCGGCCCAACGGCGUGGCCGAGCCGCGGGGCGCCGGCGAGCCCUUCCCCGUGCCCGCCGGCUCCCUGCUCUCGCUCCACGUGGACCUGGGGCCCUCGAUCCUCGACGACGUCCUGCGGGUGAUGGAGAAGCACCGGGACGGCGGCGGCGGCGCCGGGCGGCAGCUCCUGACGUGAGGCGGCGCCGACGGCACGAAAAGACCACAAAAAGAGAGAAUUUCGGUUAUUUUCUUCUCGGUUUUCCUUGUUUUUUGCCCCCCCCCGAGCGGUUCUUGAAUUGCCUGGACCACCUCGAACUCGUGAAUUCGACCCCGCGCGAGCCGCGUCUUCGCUCAUCGGCUGCCGGCGCGUUUCUUCCCGGCGCUGCUUCCCGCAGGCCUCCGGAUUAUCCCCGGCACAGGGAGGGGAAUAAAAAAAAAGCCAUAAAGCCGCGACGACUGCGCUGACCUGCGAAAAAAGGGGAAAAAGGAAAUUAAAACCUGUCGUUCCGAGUUGUUUGCACCGGACGGGGAGGGGAACGGCGCGAAACGGCGAUUUUGGUGACACGAGCGAUUCCCAGGCUGGAGGCGGCAGCAGCUCGGCCCGCGCUGUGAUUUUGAGCACUUCCAUUAACCUUUUUGUGCUUUUUUUUGGGGUUUCUUUUGUCUUAAAGCUCCUGCGAACUGGUAAACGCCGGCGGUUGGGGGAAAAAACCAACCCGCUGGACGUUAGCGCUGCGCUAACAGCGUAAAUAAGGCGCCGGAGAGGCCGAGCGAGGGCAGCGACCGCCCGCGUCAUGCGGGAAUCCGCUCUCCGUGCCCGGAGCGCCGCCGGGACGCCGGGAGGAAUGAGGCAGCGGGAUCCCGCGGCGCACAGAGAGCCUCUCCCGCUUCCCAGGAAAAUCCCCUGGGUUUAUUUUAUUAAAGCCCGGCCCUCGAGCUUGGAUUUAGUUUUAAUUUAUCCACACCGAGCAAAACUGGAGUUCCUCCCUAAAUCGAGUGAGGAAAAGCCCUCGGAGCCUGGUCUUUAUUUUUAACGGAUCGGGAAACCGCGAAUUAAAGGGAGGGUGGAGAAAAAAAGGGGGGGAAACGCUGCAUCGGGCAGGCAGUGAGGCGUGAGGGAGGCGAGAGCAAGCGGGGCCUCGUUGCCGAGAUUAGUCAUUAAAUAAUUUUAUUGUUUGUA